UGUCUGCACCUCCCCCCUGGUGACAGCCCCGCUUGCCGCCGAUCCUUGGGCCUGAGGCAGGAGCGGGGCGAGCCGUGGAGCUUGGAAUGGUGGGGGUGCAACGCCGUGCCUGAGGGCGGGCCGGGGCGGUGGCGCCAUGGAUAGCCGGUGCUAUGGGUGCGCGUCCAAGUUCUCUGUCUUCAAGAAAGAGUGUGGCUGCAAGAACUGCGGACGGUCCUUUUGUUCGGGCUGCCGGAGCUUCAGUGCUGUUGUUCCCCGCUGUGGAAACACUCAGCAGAAAGUGUGCAAGCAGUGCUAUGGAAAACUAACUGGAGAGGGAUCUCAAAGCAGUUCAGCAAGAUGGUCACCACCAGAAAACUACAAAAAGCGUGUAGCAGCUUUUGAGGCUAAACAAAACCAGCUGAAAGACCAACAGAAGGCAGCAAAGCACCCAGGUCAAGCACGCUCCAGAUACCAGGGACUCUCAAAAGAGGAUAGAGCUAUUGCAGAGAGACUGGAGAGGCUCAGGGAGGAAAGGAAACCAAAGUCCAUCCCCACUCAGGCUGAGAUCGAAGCUAGGCUGGCAGCCCUGAAGGAGGAUAACUGGGGACCUGUUCCAUCCACACAGGAAAUGGAGGACCGGUUGGCUGCCCUGCAGGGAAGAGAUCCUCCUUCUCAAGCUCCCAGACCUGUACACCAACCUCCUGAUACCAGAAGUCUGGUCCAGCAGACAGAUGACCUGUUAACUCAGUUGUCUGAGGAAGUUGCCAUUGAUGAGCAUUACAGACCAAGAAUUCAGCCUCAAGCUGUUAGUAGCCAAGGUUUGAAUGAUCUCAAUCGAGAAAGUGAAGAUUGUGUUUGCCCUGCAAAUCUGGACCCAAAACAGCUAGAAGAAGAGAAGAAUAAACUUCUGGCAGAAGCUGCUGUUGAGCUGCGGGAAGAGAACACUAGGCAGGAAAAGAUCCUCCAGGUUGCCAAGAGACUGGCAGCACUYAAAGGCGAGGACCCAGAGAAAGUUACACUGGAAUCCUAUAAGCUCCCUGACAGUGAUGAGGAAGUGGCUGAGGAGGAAGCCAUUCGCAGAGUGCUGAAACAGCUCACAGAGGAAGCAGCCCUGGAUGAAGCAAGUGGAUUCAACAUUCCCCCAGAUCAGACCACCCAACCAGGAUCCUCACAACAGAACCUGAGUAAGAAAGCAAAACAAAAGAGCCACACUCCAACCACCACAGCUCUYGUGAGAGCAGAUGACAGUGAUGAGGAUGAGUUACCUUGGUGCUGCAUCUGCAACGAAGACGCCACUUUGCGCUGCCAUGGCUGUGAUGGGGACCUCUACUGCCAGCGCUGUUUUUGGGAAGGCCAUGAGGAGUUUGAUCUGAAGGACCACCACACCUCCCGAUACCAUCUUCCUUGCAAACAGAAGUGAUCGCACUCUCAUGGGCAGAAAAGGAGCUGGAGAAUGGGAAAACAGAGGAGCUGGCCAGAUAGGAAGAAUCCAAGUGGAUUUGCAGCCAAAAUGGGUGAUGUUUUGGACAGUUAAAGGAUGUGCUGUAAUCUGAGAAAGGCUUGGAGGGCAUGUGACUUUGUCUCCACGAAUACACCAGAGAAGUACAGGGUUUGCUGUGCAUGCGUGGGGGUGGAUAAAUGAGUACUUGGUAUGAGGAGGUGGAUACUAGUCCAUAAAUACAGAUGGUAAAGCAAUGUGGGUAGCAGUAAAGAUGUAUGUUUAAGGCAGUACUGUCUGGCUGAUAAAAAGUUUCAUGCUUUUACUAACAGCUUAUACACUGGUUCAACAGGCAGCAAAGCACUUUGCACUAAGAAAUCUGUCUGAAUUGUGAUCACAUGUGUGAUGAGAACUUUCAAAGCAUAAUAAAAAUUAUUUACAGAGACCUGUGGUUAAAGUCUCUCCUGAAAAUGCCUGAUAACCCUUUACAAAGUUGCUUUCUCAUAGUGGUAUGUUAGUCCUACUGUCAAAAGGCUCAGGGAAAGAAAUGAAGAAAAGUGAAGUCAUCAAAAACGUUUCUGUGGUGUYUGGAAAAGGUGCAGGGCAGUGUUGCUCACUGAGGUGAAAUGAAGGAACCUUUGAAAAGGUAAUCUGCUGCUGCUAUAGUGCUGUGAUCUGCAGUGGCURUGCCAAGGUCAUGUGGUCUGUAAGUGCAACAGUCUGAAAGAGUUGUGUAUUUGUCCGAAAGCAGAAUUUGACUUUGUUUAUUAUUUUGUAACCUAGAAGGAUAAAGAUGUUAUCUGUGUGAUGCUCUUUCUCUGGUUAUAAGAGAAGCUCAGUUGCAUAUGUCCAUAUCCCUCCCUGGAGACAAUCCAGAAGCAAGUGGCACUUGCCAGUGCCCAGAGCACCCAGAAUUGCUUCAAAUAGCCAACUAAAUUUGCUGUAAACAGGCUCUACUAUUCCAUCAGAAUGAGCGCUUUCCAAAUAAUGUGACUUCUGAGAGAGCUCUCUAAGGUUAAUAAAUUCCAAUGGCAAGAAAAUGAAGGAAUUGCCUUUGACAGGGAAUUUCCAAUGAACCUUGCCUGUCUGGUUUGACACUACCACUCCCAGCUGUCUGCCUUGCCCUUGUGCUUAAGGUCACUGCCUCACAGGUGAAGUGAUGAAAUCGUGUUUGCCUGCACCUCUGUCACUUCUGGUUAGAGGACGGCAAAUAAAUUAAACCACUCUUGAAGAUGGGUUUCUGCUGAUGUGCUGCUCUGGAUCAAGCCUUAUAACAUGAGCUUCAUUCAAACAAUGUAGAAUAGUGCUACUGCAGGUAACACACUAAAAAUGACAAGCUGAUCCAGCAGUGCCAUCAAAAUGUUUUGUUAGGAAGGAGUGGCAAAGCCUGACUUCUGUGGAGSAUCUUCUUUCUCCUGGUAGUUCUUGCUUUACCAGUGCCUGUCUCCUUGGGACGGGUAGAUGCAAAAACUACUUGAGUUGUUCUGAUGCAAGAGCUCACAAUGAACCCUGUAUUAUACAAAAUUUWAGUAAGUUGCAGGCCUCAGAAACUUGCAGUCUUAAAAAUGAAAAUAAAUGCUGUUCUUCCUUUGUGUUAYCAUAGGAGUGACACUUUUCAUUGCUAUUUGACAUAGAUGAUUAGUCUGGUAGUAACACAGCCCAGUUCUGUCUGAGGCUAAAUCCUUCACGUUUAACAUAUACAGGAGAAGGUGCAACCAUCUGUUUUSAUAUCUCUCCUAAUAUUGACCCACUCCUUUGGCUUCAUCCUCUGUCCUUUCCAAGCAGUUAGUAGUAAUUUUAACUCUUGAUUUACAACUUCUGUUUUUUUUUAAUAUCUUAGUAUGAACUGGUGUGAUACUUGCAACAUUUUGAAUGCUUCGUAAGCCACAACCAAACUUUGAGCUCCCUUGCAUUUAGGCAGCCUCUGUCUUGUAAGCCCUGCCCUGUUCACAUCUGUAGUAAUGGAGCAGGUUGCAGCCGGAAGCAGUUUAUUUAGAUUCCUAGAUUGGUUUCUGUGGGGCCAUCCCAAGAAAUCCAGAAAUGCACCCAACCCAUUACCUGAAAUAGAACUUAGUCAUACAUGGAAGAGUCUAUUCAGUCAUAGAGACACAUGCUGCUGCUUUCCUUGCACCACUAAUGGACAUUUUUGUGGCUGCUGCACUUUCUGCACRUAAUGGGCCAUUUUAGUAGUAGCCCAGUCACUUUCCCCUGAAAAGCCAUUCCCACUAUAGCUGUUGCCUCAGUGAACUCCUGUAGAAGGGGCAGAGGGGUGUCCAGAUCAGCUGUCUGCAGAAAGCACACUUAGCCGAAUCUGUUGUGAAAGGAAUGUUGCAUGAGCUUUAACUGGGCAGUGCAUUUUUAGCUGUGUUGCUUACUCCCUAUCCUUGUCUUUGAAAAGGUGCUGGUGAACAAGUAAAGAUACUGGUAAACAAUCAGUUCCUGACAGGCCAAAUCAACUUCAGUCAUAGCUGCUCAAGGAGAGAARACAGCUUGGUAUCUUCCAGAAAGAGUUUCAGCUUGUUUGUUCUUGUCUUUGUCUCUUGUCAAGUCAUGAGAGACAAUGAGAUUUUCUUUCCCUCUCAUAAUGUUUUGCAUGUGAAUUAUCAGAUGUAGCCUCCAAUCCAACAAGAAUUCAAAUUAGAAAAGCACAUGAACUUUCAUACAUUGGGUUAUCUGGGUAUAGUUAAGAAGGCAAAGUUCCUUUUGAAGCAACAUUCUUAGAUAGUAGCUAUAUACCUAUGCCUGUGGUGGUCCUGAGAAACAGUAAAGUUAACUGGAAGAUGUUCAUAAAAAGAAUUUUCAAACAUUGAUCUUAAUCUAUCCUUCUGGUCUAGGGUGAGAACAGCCAAAAUGUGAAUAAAACCAAGUAUGAUUUAGUACUGCUUAAGAGCUAAACAAAAAAGAAGUUGCUCUUAUGUUGGCCUUAUUGCCUUAUGUCGAUUUUUUCUUUUGCACCAGUGAGCUGAGAAAUCAUCUACCACUGGCCACAUGUAGCCUUGCUCCCCUGAUGUCACUGUGCUUAGUUGAAGUGCUCUCACAUAUCCGUAUGGAUCAGAAUUCCUUAUGUAUCAGAGCMAACAGCACAUGACAGCAUCUGCAGCUUCCUCCUUUCCUGCUACUUGCAGAAUAAGCACAAAGAUGACUCCCAUCAAAGAAAGUUUUGAGAACCUGUUUUUUCUUUGGUUCUAACAAUGCCUACCWUAAACCAUAGACAAAUAUUCUUCGAGCAUCACUCCAUAUUGAGGAAAUACAGAACAAUCCCCAGGGGGGAGAAAAUACUUCUAUUGGGCCAGAGGAGAGGCAURUCAUGUCUUUGUGCUGUUGCAGCUCAGCAGAAUAAAACGCAGCCUGUUGAUAGGGUAUGUAAGUAAUCUGGACUCAUAUACUACUGUGCUGUAGCUAAUUGUAUCUGUAGUUUAGGACACUCUGCUCUUGGCCUGUCCACCUAGAUCUUCCACCUGAACUUCUGUUUGAUCCUAGUCUGUUUUUAACAGAGCUCAGUGCUUUUGUCAAAGUGCCGCUCUCCUUUCUCAAGAGGUGUGAUCCGCAAGUCUUAGCAYGUUAUCCAUAAGCAGUGCCAGAUCUGCAACCAUUGCAGCUCUGGAUUUAAUUUUUUGUUGUCKUUUACUUAUAAAGAUAAGAUUUCAAGGGGGGGCAGGCAUGUCUCCCUAGCCACUUUCUAAGCCAAAAAUGGCAUGUUCCCAGGACUGCCAUGGAUAUAUAUUGGAUCUGACUAUUUCUCCAACCUAGUGGGUGAGGCUUAGAACAUCUUGGACCUGCCUCAGAGCAAGACAUGAGCUCCAUGGCUUGCCAACUUCCAGUCAGAUACAAGAACAGCAUAUGAAGGGAAGCAGGCCCUUACAUCACACUUGUUACUACAGUUCGGAUUUUGUCCUUUCAGAGGACAUAGCCCACAGUUUGCUCAUUGACACCUGGAAAAUAGGAGGGAAGAACAAGAUAAUAGUCAUCACUUUUCUACUGAUAAAGAUAGAAAGACUAAUGCAUUUAAGAUAUUAGCGGUCCAGCUCAGGAAUUCUUGUUUGUUAGCUAACCUGCAUGUCCCUCUUGUUACAUGGGUGGUCCCUGCUGCCCCUGGCUCACCAAACAAGAUGUACUCAAAAGUUGGCCUUGAACAUACUGCUCCAUAGGAGCCCCUCUAGAUGUGACUCAGAGGCUCAUCUCUUUUGUUUGUGUGGCAGGCAUCAGCAUAGGGACAGGGCAUAAUGUGAGAGUGCUCUGCCUAAGCAAUCAGCCUCCAUUUGCUGUCUUAUUUCCUAGUCACAUGUGUCAAGUUACUGACUUGCUGAGAGGCUGGAUGUCCUUUCCUCUGUAUUUUUCCAGGCAAACAUUACUUGUAGCCAGAAGAGUUUGUGCAGCAAGAUAUUGUGUCCUACCUCACUGCUCAUUUGUGAGACCUACCUGUCUGCAAAAGACGCUCCAAGAUGCUCCCUGAAGGGAAAUUGGGAGCAGGUAUUUUUUUACUUCAUUUUUUCUUUAAUAUCUAAAGAGAGAGCAAAAUCAAGCAGUGCAUGGCUGGUUUUCCGAGCUUUAAUAUAAAAAAAAAAGUAUUUUUCCAAUAUCUUUUUCAACUAGAASAAAAAUCAUUCCCAGAGCUUGUUCCUUUAGAAAAGGCUUCUAAAUCUUAAGUCUUAAAUUCCACAAAAAGGAAAAAAAAAGUUAGCCAUUAGUCUUCACAGCUGCUUCACAAACUUCCCCUUAAGUAGACCAGGUGCACUCAAACAUUUUCCUUCAUUCCUAUUGUAUAUUCUCUGUCCAACCUUCAUAAAUAACAAGGCUUAAUAAGACUUACAAAGUACRUGCAAUGCUGUAGAGUCAGGUACAGCAGUAACAGGCAGGAGAUCACAGUUGGGUCCCAGCCAGACUGAAAUGAGGUGCAGCUUAACAGUGGCUGAUUUUCCAUGUUGAUGAAUGAGUGAUAACCAAUGCCUUGUUUUCCUUGCAGUGGACGGAAAAAAAGAAGUCUUGAUGAGCUCCUGAGAAUUGUAUUCAGUGCUCCUUGGCCAGCAUGGAAAUUCCUAGAAGAAUCUAUAGGAAGGACAUCUUGUCCUGUUCCUCAGGUUAACACGAUCUUUAAGAAUCAGGAAAAUGCACAAUUGAGCUCCYUGCUGUGUGUGUAGAUCUGGAAGGAGUGGAGACUUCAAACCACUGGUACAAAGUUCACAAACUUGGUGAUAUUUCUCAAUAACAGUAAGUCCUAAACAUAUCCAGAAGUUCUGUUGCUGAUCCUGCUUUUUGGGAGGAAGAUACCCAUUUCCUUGUAACCAAAGCUGGGUGUUCAUGUGAGUAAGGUCAUUUCUUCUGAGGAUUGGUGACUCUCCGGAGACCUCUCAAUCGACUAAGCAAUUCCGUAAUAAAGUCCUACAAUAAGAAUUGAUUGAAGAA